UGGCUACCAGGCGGCACACACUGACAUUUCAGGUGAACAAAACUGAGACCUGCACUGGCAGCAGGGGCGCAGGGUGCUUUUGGCGGUGCGUAGGAUUGUACAAGCGCAGCAUGCAGCUGCGUUGAACAUACAAGAAUGUAAUCAUCUUAAAAGGCAGGACUGCUCAAUUGGGGAUUGGCUGCGACUCAAAUUAACCUUGAGCGGCUAAGUUGUCUUAUUGCAAGUGGUUCGAGUCGGAAUCUGAUAUCCAGGAAGAAAUUGUUAAAAGUCGCUCAUUAGUUGUGCCUGGGGAUGGGGCGUGAGGGUUUUGACGAUCGCUUCGCUCCUGAAGAUGGCGAAAUUCCCCACAACGGCGCGCUGAAUGGGUUGCGGGGUUUGGCGCAGUACGAUGAUGCGCCUGAAGAUGGGGAGAUAGCGGAGGACUUGCCGCCGCCCCCGCCACCGCCUCCGAGAAGACGCGAUAAAAGCUCUGAGAGGCACUCAGAUAAAAACGGUGCUAGGGAUGUUGAGAAGGAGCGAGGCCGCUCAAGAGACAGCCGGCGGAGCACGAGUCCCGGUGAUCGUGCAGAGAAAGAGAGGAAGGAGCACAGGGAUAACGAUCGCGACAGGGAGAGAAAAGAGAAGUCAUUGGACCUGGGAAGAAAACGGGACGGCGAUAGGUACAGGGAGAAGGAUUCAACCAAAGAGAGGGAGAGAGACAGGGAAAGGGAUCGUGACAGGGAGAAAACUAGAGAUGGAGACAAGGUACGGGAUCGAGAGAAGGAUCGUCACAAAGAUCGGGAUCGCGAACGAGACAGGGGGAAAGAAAGGGAUCGCGAGAAGGACCGCGAGAGGGAGAAGGCGAGGGAGAAGCGGAGCGAGGCAAGCAAAGAGCCAAGGGAAAGAGAGAGAGAUAGGGAGAGGCGAAGGGAGACCAGCGAGAAACCAAGAGAUCGGGAUGACCGGGAGAAAGAGAAGGAGAGGAGGCGAGAAGCGAGUGAGAAGCCAAGAGAUAGGGAAGACAGGGAAAGAAGAAGAGAAGACAGUGAGAAGCCGAGGGAGCGGGAGAGGGAAAGGAGAAAGGACGAGGAUGGUGACAGGAGGAAGGAUCGGCGGAGCCGGAGUCCGAGCAGGGACAGGCGGGAGAAGCGGGGGCGGGACUCGGAAGCUGAGGAUCAGGAUCGAAAGAAGGUCAAGAUGGAAAUUGAAGAAAUGAAGGAUGUCAAACUGGAAGAGGUGGGGAAAGGAGCGGCUGUGAAGGAGGAGGAUAUGAUUGAUGAGAAAGAUGAUAAGAAGGACGUGAAGAAGGUGGAGCCACUGUCUCUGGAGGACCUGCUCAAGAAGCGCCAGCAGGAGGCAGCCGAACUGGCAAAGCCAAAGUUCCUUACCAAGAAGCAGCGUGAGGAGCUCGCAAUGAAGCGGCGCGAGGAGGAGGCGGCACUGCAAAGGCAAAAGGUCGAGGAGCAACGGAAGGCUCUGUUUGGGCCCCCUGCCGCUGUCGCAGGGGGAAAGGAUGCUCAAUCAGAUCGUGACAGGGACCGCGACAGAGAUCGCGAACGCGACCGCGAAAGGGAAAAGGAACGGGAACGCGAGAGGGACCGCGAGCGUGAUCGAGAACGAGAGCGGGACCGAGACCGGCGCGACAGGGACCGGGACCGGGACCGAGGCCGUGGGGACGAUCGGAUGACUGCGGAGGAGAGGGAUCGAGAGAGGAAGGAGCGGAACGCGCAGAAGGAGAAGGAGAAGGAACUGGAGGCCAUCAAAGAACAGUACCUCGGGCUGGCCAAGAAGAAGAAGCGCGUAAUCCGCCCGAGCGACAAGUUUAAGUUUGCGUUCGACUGGGAGGCGGGCGAGGACACGUCGCGCGACCUCAACCCGAUAUACAACAACCCUCACGAGGCGCAGCUGCUGUUCGGGAGAGGCCUCAAGGCGGGGAUUGACGUCAGGGUGCAGAAGAAGGCGGCCGCCCAGCAAGAGAAGGAGCUGUUUGCGCAACGUCGGAAAGAGACGGGCGAGGUGCAGACGGAGGAGGAACGGGCGUCGGACGCACGCAAGGCGCGCGCUGCCGACGAGUACAACUCGUCGUUCGACAUGCGCGUCGACGCGCACUGGACGCAGAAGAAGUUGUCGCAAAUGACGGAGCGCGACUGGCGUAUCUUCCGAGAGGACUUCAACAUCUCUUUCAAGGGCUCCAACAUCCCGAAGCCGAUGCGCAACUGGGACGAGAGCGGGCUCACCAAGGAGGUGCUCCAAGCGGUGGAGAAGGCCGGCUACACGAAGCCGUCGCCCAUCCAGAUGGCCGCCAUCCCGCUCGGGCUGCAACAGCGUGACGUCAUUGGCAUCGCCGAGACAGGUUCUGGCAAGACGGCUGCUUUCGUGCUGCCCAUGCUGGUGUACAUCAGCAAGCUCCCCCCGCUGACAGAGGAGAACGAGGCGCUCGGGCCAUACGCGCUCAUCAUGGCGCCCACGCGCGAGCUGGCGCAGCAGAUCGAAGAGGAGACUGUCAAGUUUGCGUCCUUCAUGGACUUCCGCGUGACUUCCAUUGUCGGCGGCCAGUCCAUCGAGGAGCAGGGCUUCAAGCUGCGACAGGGGUGCGAGAUCGUGAUCGCAACCCCCGGGCGCAUGCUGGACUGCCUCGAGCGGCGCUACGCGGUGCUGCAGCAGUGCCACUACAUCGUGCUCGACGAGGCGGACCGCAUGAUCGACAUGGGCUUCGAGCCGCAGGUGGCUGCGGUGCUGGACCUGAUGCCGUCCUCUAACCUGAAGCCCGAGAACGAAGACGAAGAGCUGGAGGGCGACAAGCUGUACCGGACGACGUACAUGUUCAGUGCCACGAUGCCGCCAGCGGUGGAGCGCCUUGCGCGCAAGUACCUGCGCCAGCCAGUUGUCGUGACGAUCGGGCACGCAGGGAAGACGACGGACCUCAUCACACAGACGGUCAUGAUGGUCAAGGGCGAGAACGAGAAGAAGGACAAGCUGAAGCGCCUCCUGGAGGACUUGGGCGAGCGGCAGGCCAUCAUCUUCGUGAACCAAAAGAAGUCGGCGGACGGUCUCGCACGCCAGCUGGAGCGCGACGGCUUCAAGGUGACGUCACUCCACGGAGGCAAGAUCCAGGACCAGCGCGAGGUCUCCCUCGAAGGCUUCCGCCAGAAGAAGUUCACCAUACUAGUUGCUACCGACGUGGCGGGGCGUGGUAUCGAUAUUCCGGACGUCGCUGCUGUGGUAAACUACGACAUGCCAACUACCAUUGACCAGUACACUCACCGAAUCGGUCGUACUGGGCGUGCCGGAAAGAAGGGCGUGGCAACGUCGUUCUUGACUAACCAGGACACGGACCUGUUCUACGAUCUUAAGCAGAUGCUGGUCAACAGCAACAGCACGGUCCCUCCGGAAUUGGCCCGGCAUGAAGCGGCCAAGUUCAAACCCGGGACCAUUCGAGACCGUGCACCUGGAUGAUUGGACAGACUUCGAGGGGGACUUCGGUAACGCAUCCAAGGACCUGUGAUGAAACACAAACACGAGGGUACCUUCACCAGCUUCUGAGAUUCUAGAAUUGGAACUUUGCUUAAGCUGGUGCAAGUGUCCAGCAAUUGCCAAGAUGAUGCUACAUAGCCUGUCAUUGACUGUUUGGUUGGGCCAAUGUGCAAAAGGCCGAUUGUGCUACAUGGCCUGUCAAUUAUGAGCUGGUAGGGCCCAUGUGCAAAACCCCGAUGCAAGGGAAAUCACCUUGUAGCCAUUUUUGGCAUGAUCGGAUCGCUAAGUC